AUGUACAUAGAGCAGGGCGCGCCCACCUCACUCUACUCACGACUGCACGCGCUCCUCAGCGCACGGGGGAAAGGCACGGACGCUCAGCAUCCACCCUUAUCCGCCCAAACACCAGCCCUCAGCGUCCAGAGACCCGUUCUGGGCGUCCAACGGGCCGUCAUCUCUGAGGCGACGGUUCUGGGUGCCCAGAGACCGGCCAUGUGCUCGCAAGGACUCAUGUUCCCGGGAUCGCGAGGCGUGUUCCUGCCUCCACGUCCUGGGGAGCCAGUGCCGGGAACAUCGGGACCCGUGUUUAAUUCACUACAGUCCAUUGCGGUCGCUCGAGAACUCGUAUCCGGCUCGGGACCUGGAACCGGAUUGGUGUCUGAACGUCCGGGAUCGACGUCUGGCCCCCGGAGACCAGCACUCAGCUCUCAAGGACUAGUGUCUGGCGCGCAUAUAUAA